CACGGCGGUUGAUCGCGGAGCAGGCCCUUCCUUCCCCGGGGGUCGGGGCCGCGCGGGGGGCGGUUGUCUGAGACAGAGGGCCGCGGGUGAUUCAGCGCCCGGCCAGGCGGAAGCGGCCCGGGGCGGCGGCGAGCAGUGCGCGCCCGGGCGCCCGGGGUGGCACGAGCCCGCGGCCCGAGUGCGAGGCUGAGGCGAGGAGGCCGCGGGGACGGGAGGCGAGGGCGGCCGGGCCCCCGCAGCCAUGGAGAACGCACACACAAAGACGGUGGAGGAGGUGCUGGGCCACUUCGGCGUCAACGAGAGCACGGGGCUGAGCCUGGAGCAGGUCAAGAAGCUCAAGGAGAGAUGGGGUUCCAACGAGUUACCAGCUGAAGAAGGAAAAACCCUGCUGGAACUUGUGAUUGAGCAGUUUGAAGACUUACUAGUUAGGAUUUUAUUGCUGGCAGCGUGUAUAUCUUUUGUUUUAGCUUGGUUUGAGGAAGGUGAAGAAACCAUUACGGCCUUUGUAGAACCUUUUGUGAUUCUGCUUAUAUUAGUAGCCAAUGCAAUUGUGGGUGUGUGGCAGGAAAGAAAUGCUGAAAACGCUAUAGAAGCCUUGAAGGAGUAUGAGCCUGAGAUGGGCAAAGUGUACCGCCAGGACCGGAAGAGCGUUCAGCGGAUUAAAGCCAAAGACAUAGUUCCCGGUGACAUUGUAGAGGUUGCUGUUGGUGACAAAGUUCCUGCUGAUAUAAGAUUAACUUCUAUCAAAUCUACAACUCUACGAGUUGACCAGUCCAUUCUCACAGGUGAAUCAGUUUCAGUCAUCAAGCACACUGAUCCCGUCCCUGACCCUCGGGCUGUCAACCAAGAUAAGAAAAACAUGCUUUUUUCUGGGACAAACAUCGCUGCUGGGAAAGCCAUGGGAGUGGUGGUGGCAACUGGGGUCAACACAGAAAUUGGCAAGAUCCGAGAUGAGAUGGUUGCCACUGAGCAGGAGAGAACACCCCUUCAGCAGAAACUAGACGAGUUUGGGGAGCAACUUUCCAAAGUCAUCUCUCUCAUCUGCAUCGCUGUGUGGAUCAUAAACAUAGGGCACUUCAACGACCCAGUUCAUGGGGGCUCCUGGAUCCGAGGCGCUAUCUACUACUUCAAGAUUGCAGUGGCCUUGGCUGUUGCUGCGAUCCCUGAGGGGCUGCCUGCUGUUAUCACCACAUGCCUGGCUCUUGGCACACGCAGAAUGGCCAAGAAAAAUGCCAUUGUUCGAAGCCUUCCAUCUGUGGAAACCCUUGGUUGCACAUCUGUCAUCUGCUCAGAUAAGACAGGCACGCUCACGACCAACCAAAUGUCUGUCUGCAGGAUGUUUAUUCUGGACAAAGUUGAAGGUGAUACUUGUUCCCUUAAUGAGUUUACCAUAAGUGGCUCGACAUAUGCACCCAUUGGAGAAGUGCAUAAAGAUGACAAACCAGUGAAAUGUCAUCAGUAUGAUGGGCUUGUAGAACUGGCAACCAUCUGUGCUCUGUGCAACGACUCUGCUUUGGAUUACAAUGAGGCGAAGGGUGUAUAUGAAAAAGUGGGAGAAGCUACCGAGACUGCGCUCACAUGCCUUGUAGAGAAGAUGAAUGUAUUUGAUACCGAAUUGAAAGGUCUUUCCAAAAUAGAACGUGCAAAUGCCUGUAACUCGGUCAUUAAACAGCUGAUGAAAAAGGAAUUUACUCUGGAGUUUUCGCGUGAUAGAAAGUCAAUGUCAGUCUACUGUACCCCAAACAAACCAAGCCGGACCUCGAUGAGCAAGAUGUUUGUGAAGGGUGCUCCUGAAGGGGUCAUUGAUAGGUGCACCCACAUUCGAGUUGGGAGUACGAAGGUCCCCUUGACCCCGGGCGUCAAACAGAAGAUCAUGUCUGUCAUUCGGGAGUGGGGCAGUGGCAGUGACACGCUGCGGUGCCUGGCUCUGGCCACUCACGACAACCCACUGAGGAGAGAAGAGAUGCACCUGGAGGACUCUGCCAACUUCAUCAAAUAUGAGACCAACCUGACGUUCGUGGGCUGCGUGGGCAUGCUGGACCCUCCCAGGAUCGAAGUGGCCUCUUCGGUGAAGCUGUGCCGCCAGGCAGGCAUCCGGGUCAUCAUGAUCACUGGGGACAACAAGGGGACGGCCGUGGCCAUCUGUCGCCGCAUCGGCAUCUUCGGGCAGGACGAGGAUGUGACAGCCAAGGCUUUCACAGGCCGGGAGUUUGAUGAACUCAGUCCUUCAGCCCAGAGAGACGCCUGCUUGAACGCCCGCUGCUUUGCCCGGGUCGAGCCCUCGCACAAGUCCAAGAUCGUGGAGUUUCUCCAGUCUUUCGAUGAGAUCACUGCCAUGACUGGUGAUGGUGUGAACGAUGCCCCUGCUCUGAAGAAGUCUGAGAUAGGCAUCGCUAUGGGCUCUGGCACUGCAGUGGCUAAAACAGCCUCUGAGAUGGUGCUGGCGGAUGACAACUUCUCCACCAUCGUGGCUGCAGUGGAGGAGGGGCGUGCCAUCUACAACAACAUGAAGCAGUUCAUUCGCUACCUCAUCUCCUCCAACGUGGGCGAGGUGGUCUGCAUUUUCCUGACAGCAGCUCUAGGGUUUCCUGAGGCUUUGAUUCCUGUCCAACUGCUCUGGGUCAACCUGGUGACAGAUGGUCUGCCUGCUACCGCGUUGGGGUUCAACCCUCCUGACCUGGACAUCAUGAACAAGCCACCCCGGAACCCUAAGGAGCCGUUAAUCAGCGGCUGGCUCUUCUUCCGUUACCUGGCUAUUGGCUGUUACGUGGGUGCUGCUACCGUGGGCGCUGCUGCAUGGUGGUUCAUCGCAGCCGACGGUGGCCCACGGGUGUCCUUAUACCAGCUGAGCCACUUCCUGCAGUGUAAAGAAGACAACCCAGACUUCGAAGGAGUGGACUGUGCGAUCUUUGAGUCCCCGUACCCAAUGACGAUGGCGCUGUCCGUGCUGGUUACCAUAGAAAUGUGUAACGCCCUCAACAGCUUGUCUGAAAACCAGUCCCUGCUGAGGAUGCCCCCUUGGGAGAACAUCUGGCUGGUGGGCUCCAUCUGCUUGUCCAUGUCGCUCCACUUUCUGAUCCUCUAUGUGGAGCCCCUGCCGCUUAUCUUCCAGAUUACACCGCUGAAUCUGACCCAGUGGCUGAUGGUGCUGAAAAUCUCCUUGCCUGUGAUUCUCCUGGAUGAGACCCUCAAGUUUGUGGCCCGCAACUACCUGGAACCUGGUAAAGAGUGUGUGCAGCCUGCCACCAAAUCCUGCUCGCUGUCGGCAUGCACGGAGGGGAUUUCCUGGCCCUUUGUGCUGCUCAUUGCGCCCCUGGUGGUGUGGGUGUAUAGCACAGACACUAACUUUAGCGAUAUGUUCUGGUCGUGACUGACAGCCCUAUGUACAGAAGAUGUUUAACUUAAUCAAUUAAUUUUUUAUUGUUUAAAGCAACUGUCUAUUUCUGCUGAAUUUUCACAUGAACAUAUUGGCUGGUGAAGGAGGUUUCAUACUCUAGAUUUUGUUUUGCUUUUUUUCUGACUCCAGUGGGACAAGAUUUUCCUUUUUUUAUACACAUAAUUAAAGUGUCCAUUGACAUGUACAGAGAACUAACACUAUUUUAUGCAGAUAUUUUUUUGUAGAUGAAAAAGCAUGUACAGUGUUCUGUUUAAUACUCAUCCUUGUAUAAAAAUAGUUGAGCCAGCAGACAUUGUCAGCAAAUUAAUUGGCAGCAGACAUUAGGAAGUGAAUGUGUGUGGUUUUUAAGAAACUAAAUAGCAUGUAUUGUGUCUUGCAUGAUUAUCUGGAUUUAAUUUGGUAUCACAGUCUAAUUUUUAUCAUAAGCCAAUUUUUCUGCACUGAGCAGAGUCCUGCUACCUCAGUCAGUAUUUUUUGGUUUGCCACUUCCUGCACCCGGCCUCCCAUCACCCCCAGCCCACCCCAGCCCGCUCGGCUUCUGUAGGUUUGAUGGUUCUGUUUACGCCCAUCUUCACGAGAGGUAUGCCUGCUCUCGCUUGUGCAGAAAACAUUGCUCCACAUUCAAUUGACUGGGUUUCUGUCCCUUCGCCUAGUUUUUAAGGUUAUUUAUUUAAAUGUCUAAUGUAUUUUAUUGUAACAGACAUUGUUUUGCCAACAUUGCCUAUUUCCAUGGCACUUCACAAUCUAGUUAAAAAAGAAAAAUAAAACAUUUUAAAUGGACAGA